UGUGCUUACGCAUGCCUCUCGGCUUCUCCUAAAGGAUGACUCCUUGAGCGUAAGGCCCUUCUUGCUUGCCAUGCUCGACCCAACUUUAACUAAACCAUGGCAUUAUGUGAGUGCUUGUUCAAAAUGAUGAUCCCACUCCGUUUGACACUGCUCACGAGCGGACAUUAUGGGAUUACUGGCCAUGAACCUCAGCUCAACUAUUUCUUCAACGAAGCCAUGGCUAGUGAUGCUCGCUUAGUCACUAGCGUGCUGGUUAAGGAGGGCAAGGGCGUAUUUGAGGGGUUGAAUUCGUUAGUUGAUGUAGGGGGUGGCACGGGAACAGUGGCUAAGGCCAUUGCCAACGCUUUCCCACACUUGAAAUGCACUGUGUUAGAUCUCCCCCAUGUGGUUGCUGGCUUGCAAGGGAGCAAGAACUUGAACUACUUCGCAGGGGAUAUGUUUGAGGCCAUUCCUCCUGCAGAUGCAAUUUUACUCAAGUGGAUAUUGCAUGACUGGAGCGAUGAGGAAUGCGUGAAAAUACUAAAGCGAUGCAGGGAAGCAAUUCCGAGCAAGGAAAGGGGAGGAAAGGUGAUUAUCAUAGACAUGAUGGUGAAGAACCAGAAAGGAGACUGCAAGUCCAGGGAAACACAGCUGUUCUUCGAUAUGCUGAUGAUGGUUUUGGUCACGGGUAAAGAGAGGGAGGAGAAAGAAUGGGAGAAGCUAUUCUUGGAAGCUGGUUUCAGUCACUACAAGAUAACACCCAUUUUGGGUUUGAGGUCGCUCAUCGAGGUUUAUCCUUGAUGUUUUAAUUGCAGCUAAUAUGGAAAAUCUAAGGGGAUGGAAUUAAUAAAAUCUGCUGAAAAAGAUAAAAAUUAAUUAGGGUGGUUCUAUUCGGAUUAUUUGGGCAGAAGAAAUCUAUGUUGUAUGAAUUUCAGUUAUAAUAUUUGUCAAGCUAUGAAUUUCUUCAUACA